AUGGUAUAUAAGCCGCAAGGCGAACGGUUGGAUAACCUCAACGCAAUGGUUCGCGGCUACCUUCUAGUUUUCCUGCUGACAAUUCCGGGAUUUUCUCAUGAAGAAGUGAAUAGAUGCUCUCAGCUGGGCGAUAAUGCUCUUGGCGUCUCCGAAAGAGAUCAGUUUAUCGCGGCUAUGGAUCCUGGCGGAUAUGACUGUUCUUUUGAAGCACUCGCCAAACUGAUAAUGAAGAGCUCCAAAGAUGCGCAAGGCAUACCAUAUGAACUCGACCUCAAGGGUCGUCCUUUUGAAAUGGACAUAGAGCCGGAUUCAGAAUGCGAUAACGCGUAUGUAAUCAGAAGUGCUCUAUUGAUCUGGAAGAAAAUGCCAGGCUUAAAACCUUGGGAUAGGUUCGGAUGCAACCUUCACAGAAAAGCUAACAAAUGCAAGGCCUUUUGCGUUUAUGAGGAGAAGACAAAGACGUUUUAA